GCUCGUAGCGGCAGCAGUGAGAACGAAGCGCAACGCAACGCAGUCGAGCGACAGUCGAGUGGGCGAGUGUGGAAGACGGUGACGGCGAUACGCGAGACUACGUUCAGCGUUCAGCGUUCAGAGGAUCACUAUCCCUCACUCACUCACCCACUCACUCACAUUCACACGCUCCUAAUUUUCUAUUCUUUCUUCCAUAAAUAUUUUAACUCGUUCGCGCUUUGUCUGACCUGCGUGCACUACGUAUGUGCACAUAUACAUUGACCAAGGCACUCUUUACCCGGUAGCACAAAGCCUGCGAGAUUAUAUUAUCAUCAUCGACACAUCAGCGUAUUCCUAUGUCUGUUGUAAGCACGAGUGAACCGUGAUUGCUUUUCGUGAAACCUCAAGCUACAAGAAUAAACUGGUGCUAUCGGUAAAGUAAAUCGCAGUGCGACAGAUCGAUCUAUCGAGAGUGCAUCGACUUGUUUUUUUCAACUUGGAGCCAUCAGGUUUUUUCCUUAGAACGAGCAAAAGUGAUGUGACAUGCGCAACAGGUCGUGGCUAGUUGAUCCUUUCGUGAUUGAAAAGUGCAUUACCCCUUAUCGAGUUUUAUCAGUGGCAGUCUUAUUGAUUGUUCAGAUACUUAUUUGAACUUACCAGCAUUCGAAUCGUUCUGAGAUGCAUGAGAGACUCGAAAGUUGUCCGAAUCUCGGCGGCUUUCUGUUUACAACGCAACUAGUGGUCGUGACUUUUGCCGAGCACGUCAUCGAACAGCUGAGUUGAUUCGUUAAUUAAGUUCGGCCGGCUGAGCUGUCGCGAGCAACGAUCAACGAGCAACCAGCAGCGAGCAACGAGUAACGAGUAACGAGCGAACGACCGAACGGGAAAGCUGGCUGCGUGAAUUCGACAUAGCCGAAUGGUGACUCACGAAGCAUACGGACACCUAUAAACUGUAGGCGACUCAUAAACAGACAAGCACUCCCGCGGUGCUCACUCAUUCGGUCAAUUUCAUUGAGGCCUUCUGCAAUAAAAAUAACGUACGAAUUCGAAUAAGUAGUGGUUCGUCAAAAUAGUUUGGUGUGUUUAUCCGUUCAAUCGAGUGCGUGACACGAAUAACUAUGCUUUUGUGAAUUAAUGGAAACAGUGAAGCUGUACUGAAAAGGAAGAGAAAUAUGCGGAAGGAAAUGGAUUCUGGUGUUAUCGAGAGGCAUGACAGGAUAUGACUUGGUAUUCUUCUAAAGGGAAGUUAAUAAUUUUUAAAAAAUAUGGAAGGUAAGCCCGUGCCAAAGCCCAGAUCUCUGAAGAGCGACCGACCGAUUCCAGCACCCAGGAAUAUUCAGGCUCCUUCGCUUCCUCCGGUAUCUCCGUCAGUCAGUCCAAGCGAAUCCAGUCACUUGGAAAUGAACGAGGAUACGAGAUCCAGCGAAACGAGAGGCACUCCUGAGUUCUUCAGGGGUCUGAGCAACAGCGGCAGGAACUUCAAGGAUGAGAUCUCGGAGAAGAUGACGGUGAAGGGAAAGGCUGUGAUAUCCAGUACGAGAAACGCGAGUAUUCGGCUCGAGAAAUCCGUUAAAAAUUUACUCACCAGAAGAAUGACCUCCUUGAACAGCGAGGACAUUCGGGACUCGCCCGAUGGGAAGAGCAAAGAGCCGACGCAGGAGGACCGAUGUGUCUCGAUGCCUGCCGACGACAUCUUUAGCAGUAUAUCCUUUUACAGUCCACUGCAGAGCAACUUGAGGAGCAUGAAGAACGAAGAGAAUUUAUCGGAGGCUCGUUACAGUCCACCACCUCCCAUCUACCCUCCACCUCCACUUCCGGAUGAGUCGAUCUACGAUGAGUUACAGUCCGUGACGUCGGGUCACAGCAGCCGAUACGACACGCUCAGCUCGACGGUUUCCGAACACGCGGAAAUGGAAUUGCCGGAUUCGUUUAAUCUUCUGAAUUUCGCUCAGAAUCAGGGCAGCGAUUCGGAUCAGAGUUUGAAUCUGUCGGACGUGAGUGUAACGGUUAAUGAAAAAUCUGAGGCUCCGAAGAGGCUCUCCAGGUCCGACUCCUGGACAUUCUACGACAUGGUCCCGGAAAAAGUUGAGAGGCUGGAUAAGAACGAGGAACUUGACGUAAUAUCGAGCGCCGACGAGAGCGAGAAGGAAGCAUCGAUAAAGCAAAGAAUCUCUACCAUCUCCAACGUGACUCAAUUCUCCAUCCAGAAUUCCCUAUAUGAGAAUUGGAUGCUCAGGAAGCCGAUCGCGUCUUCUCCGUCGGACAAGCCGAACAGCGAAGAUCGAACCUGUAGCAAAUCGUUACUCUUCGAGUUUGAUCCUUUUGCGAGAAACGACGAGAACAUUUACAGCAAUUAUGAAAAUAAUGACCUGAUGCUCCUGGAGUCUCUUUUAGCAACAAGCGACUCUCCCAGCAGCACGGGAAGCAUGGCGGAUCUUUGCGAGGAGGAGGAAGCACCGGAAGAGACCGAGGAGGACAUCAAGGUAGAGUUUGGCGAGAUCAGUGUGACGCCUCCCGAACUGCCAAAGAGAUUUGACUCUUUACCGAAGAACGAAUACGACGAGGUAGAGAUGGUGGAGGUACAGGACAAGUCCUCCUCCAAGAUUCCAGCCGUACUUCCGAAACUGGUUCAUCUGUCAAAGAAGAAGCAGCCUGCGAUUCCGCCAAGAAAACCGUCUAUCAAGAUACACGUGGAUGAGAAGGAUAAGACGGAAGGUUCAAAUGUCAAUACAAAUGCCUCAAACAAGCCGAACGAGGAGAGUCGCAGUUCCGUGAUGCAAAAGUUGAAGAAAUUCCGACAGGACUCGACGGCUAAUGUCAAACCGAUGUCAAGCAACAUGAUGAACUUCAUGAAGAGCAGAAAAAUCCUGUCGAGGAACAAGGAAGGCGAAGUGGGAACGAAGUGCUCCCCGAGGCUGGAAAGGCCGAAGUUCAUGGGUCAGAGUCUGGCGACGCAAAGAUGGGUCGUCUACAAGCAAGGAACGGGGAUCGAAAGGGCGAAGGACCUGGUGCUAAGGGCGGCCUACCUUGCCGACAACAAGUUGUCCUUUUACGUCGACAAGAAGAUGACCACCCUGAAGGAGGUGAUUCAGCUUGAACUGGUGCACAGUGUGCAUCUGCUGCAAGACGUUAAAACUGUAGACGGAGAAACGGUCCAUUGCGUAGCAAUCAAUGGCGAAGGUCGACCAGGCGUCCACAUAAUCUACUUGAAGGGCAUCACGGAGAGGAGGAUAUUUGCCCAAAAAGUCCUGGAGGCACUGACUCCCGUCUUUCCUGCGAAGUACACGACUGAACUUACGAUGGCCGGAUGGGCCUACCUCAAGGAAGGUGUUACGGGGAGCUGGUUUCCUGCUUGGCUCCUUCUGCAACAACGGACGCUAAUCCACACUCGAUCGAUGGACCCAGUAGUUUUCGAGCAGCUCGAUCUUCGAAAAGCACGUUACAUAGGUCUUCGGGAACAAGAAGGCCCCAAUUCUUCUGGAACAAACGUCCCGGUGGUGGUGGUCGACGCAGGAGGCAGAGGAGCUCUCCACAUAGCCACUCCAGGGCUGCGAGAAGGUCCUGCCUGGAGGCACGCGUUGUAUCAAGCAGCCACCAACAACGGUCCAGCCCUGGAACAACAGCAGCUCACCAAGGACAACGUUCCCGUCGUCCUGGACAAAUGCAUCAACUUCAUUUAUGCCCACGGAAUCAUGUCCGAGGGCAUCUACAGACGCAGCGGGUCCAGCAGCGCCGUGGUCCGACUUCUCGAAGAAUUCCGACGCAAUGCCUGGGCCACGCAAAUAACCAGAUCCGAGUACUCGGAGCACGACGUCGCCACGGUGCUCAGGAGAUUCCUACGGGAUCUGCCGGAUCCUCUCUUUCCUGCAAAUAUUCACGAGCAGCUGUGCCGUCUGACAGAUGUAAACAAUGAGGAGAGCAGAGUGAGCAGCUACAGGAAGCUCCUGAUUGGCUUGAAUCCUGUUACCUCGGCGACCCUUCGAAGAAUCCUCGCGCAUCUUCACUGUCUCAGUCAGCAAAACUCCAGGAACCUGAUGACCGUCGACAAUGUCGCAGCCGUCUGGGGACCAACGUUGAUGCACGCCGGGGAGAAUAAUCCCGAGGAGUGGAACAGGUCGGAAACGAAAGUCGUGGCCGAUCUCAUUCGUCUUUAUCCGAAGUUGUAUCAGUUGUCUCCCGCGGAUUUGGCCAAGGAAGCUAAAAUCCUCGAAGUCCUCGAGAGGCAUCACGUAUCGAACAACAGACCCCGAGGUGCUCCUUCCGGUGACCUGAAGAUCUGGAUCUACAUCAUGGCCAGGGACGGCGAAUGUGUCAAUGUCACGAUCGGACCGCAAAAGACAGCAUUCGACGUUUGCUGCGAACUGGCGAAGAAGACGAAAUUUGCGCCACACGAGUUGUGCCUUGAAGAAUCCGCACUGAGCGGCGCACUCGAGAGGCCGUUGCAUCACAGCGAGAGAAUUUUGGAAACUGUUGCACGGUGGGGAUACUGGAACACAGCGGAUAGAAAGGACAACGCACUCGUCCUUCAAAAGGACAGGAUCUACAAGGAUAUUGUGCCAUUGGUUAAACCGCCAAUGACCAUUUCCGGUGAAUUAAAAUUCGCUGAUACAAAAUCCAAGCAUUUCAAGAGUUACCUCUUUGAGUUUAGCCAGGCGAAGCUCUGCUGCUACAAAGACAAAGUUUGUUGUACGAAAUUGCACGAGUGGAGGAUAGAGGACAUCGUGUGGUACUUGGGACACGAGCCAAAACGCAAUCCGCAGAUGGGAUGGUGCAUUACGUUCAUUAUAAAGAGCAACAAACCAAGCAGAAGCAAAAUCUUUUCAGAUGCAAAGAUAAUCCAUUUUUUGGAUACACUUUGGCUGGAGCGUGCAAGGACGAAGAGUAUAGAUGGUUGGCAGCCAUGCUGUUUGGCGAGCACCAGCUUAAUCUCCGACCUUCGCCUGUCAAUCUUAUGGAUCCCUAACUCCUUCGUAAAUGGACUCAGUUUCUGAAAAACAAUUUCAGAGCAUGAAAGGAAUCACUGGGGGCUUCCAGCGCUUGCUUUAGAAUACAGAAACCGUAGAUUUCUCAACCAAAAUUAUUCACGAUUGUACACAAUUUUGCAACUAUCGGAUCAGCCUAAACUUGCCUUUUGGAAAGAGACGUAUUGUAUUGGUAGUUUUUAAUUUUUAUCUAUAAACGAGUCCGUCCGAAAAUGGACGAUCAAAGAUACGGCAAUUAAGUUGUCCAAAUUGUGUAUGGAGGUAAUCAUGUCUAACUGCGCUUUCGCGCGAUCAAAGAGAUUGCUCGUUAAUUAGUUAUAGAUGAAAUUUCUACGGAUUUUCUUUAUUGCCAGGAGAGACUGUGAAAUCAACAGGUAUUUUAAAAAUCCUUUCGGUGUCACAGUGCAUUAGCCAAAAAUUAAUUUUCACAAGAUUGAGCAUCAUGAUUCUUAGGAUGUCUCGAGGCAUCGCGAAGAAAAAGAGUGACUGCGCCAGCAUUAUAAAUAUCUUUAUUCUCCUUCACAAGGUGCGCACGUAUGCAGACACGACUCGUCUGACCACUAUCUAUAUAUAGAUAUGUAUCCGCGGGAAAUCUUAUUUUCUAUAUUUGUAAAAAUUACACACGUAUGCCUUACGAAUGAACAUUGUUAUCUUCAUCCGUGACAGGUCACUUCCCUCACGGUGAAUAAAAAUCACAAACACAUCAA